GACUGACUUCAUGCUCACAUGUAGAGUAGUGGUUGUUAGAUGUUAUUAUACAAUCUCUGUUGGUAAUGCUUCUGAUUAGAUGUUUUUAUUUUUUGAUGCUGUCACUACUUGAGAAUUUUCUGCAUGAUUUGGAGAGCUGUCCUGCUUUGGAUGGAGAACCAAACAACUCCUCUCAAACAGCCGAUUGUUUUUGAGCUUGAGGGCAUUAAUGUACAGCCAGGCACUGGAACCUUCUUGUUUCUGCUGGCUUUGCUUGCCUACAUAGUGGUGCUGCUGGGGAACGGUGUGGUGAUCUGUGUUAUUAUGACAGACAGGAACCUACACAGACCCAUGUUUGUCAUGAUCUGUCACCUGGUGGUCUGUGAUCUACUGGGGGCCACAAUGGUGCUUCCUCGUCUCAUGAUGGACUUGUUGAUGGGGAUGAAGAAGAUUGCCUACAUCUCAGCCAUCGCUCAGGCCUUCUGUGCUCACACAUACGGUGCAGCAAUGUUGACUAUUUUAAGUGUGAUGGCCUAUGACAGGUAUAUUGCAGUGUGUGAGCCUCUGAGAACGAUCAAUCAACUGUAUUGUAGCAACCGGGAUAUCUUAAACCUGGCCUGCAUUCCCACUCCCAUCAGUGACAUCUACGGUUUAGCCAUGACCUGGUCUUUAAGUACAGUGACCUUUAUUCUCAUCGCUUUUUCCUACAUCAGAAUCCUAAGUGUUGCCAUAAAACAAGGAAGAACAGACACCAGCCUCCGUAUCAAAGCCUUUCAGACCUGUGCUCCACACAUUGUUGUAUACGUGCUCUUUCAAAUCGCUUCAUUGAUUGUGAUUGUAAGUUACCGUUUCCCCUCCCUUUCGAAGGCAACUCCCUCUCCGGCGGGUCAGCCUGACGCCUCCACCUCCUCUCCGGCGGGUAAGCCUGAAGCCUCCAACUACUCUUCGGCGGGUCAGCCUUACGUCACCUCCUCCUCUCCGAGACCCCUGAGCCUGCUCUGUGCUGUCCAGAGACCCAUGAGCCUGCUCUGUGCCGCCCAAGGACCCCUGAGCCUGCUCUGUGCCACCCAGAGACUCCUGAGCCUGCUUUGUGCCGUCCAGAGACGCCUGAGCCUGCUCUGUGUCGUCCAGAGACCCAUGAGCACACUAGUCAAAAGGCCUCAGAGUUAA